AUGGCGACUACAGCGUCCAACCACUACAACCUGCUGGGCUCCGGCUCCUCCAUCGUGCACUCGGAGCCCGGCGGCAUGCAGCAGGCGCAGAGCUACAGAGAUGCACAAACGCUGGUGCAGAGCGACUACACGCUGCAGAGUAACGGGCAUCCCCUAAGUCACGCUCACCAGUGGAUCACAGCGCUAUCCCACGGCGACGGGGCUCCCUGGGCCAGCAGUCCCCUGGGCCAACAGGACAUCAAGCCCUCAGUGCAGUCCAGCAGGGAUGAGUUGCACGGCGCCGGCACCUUGCAGCAUCAGGGCAGAGCCCCCCACCUAGUGCACCCUGCUCAUGGCAACCACCAUGGGCCAGGGGCAUGGAGGAGCACCGGCUCUGCCCACCUGUCCAGCAUGGCUUCCUCCAAUGGCCAGGGACUACUCUACUCUCAGCCCAGCUUCACUGUCAAUGGUAUGAUCAACCCGGGCUCUGGGCAAGGCAUGCACCACCAUGGGCUCAGGGAUGCCCACGACGACCACCAUGGCGAGCACGGGCACCAGCCACCCCCCCAGACGCAGCAACAACACUCCCAGCUCCAGGGGGGGCACCACGAUCACUCGGACGAGGACACCCCGACUUCGGAUGACCUGGAGCAGUUUGCCAAGCAGUUCAAGCAGAGGAGGAUCAAGCUGGGAUUUACACAGGCGGACGUUGGGCUGGCCCUGGGCACCCUCUAUGGCAAUGUCUUCUCUCAGACCACGAUCUGUAGGUUCGAGGCCCUGCAGCUAAGCUUUAAGAACAUGUGCAAGCUCAAGCCUUUGUUGAACAAGUGGCUGGAAGAGGCGGACUCAUCCUCCGGGAGCCCCACCAGUAUAGACAAGAUAGCAGCCCAGGGAAGGAAAAGGAAAAAGAGAACCUCCAUAGAGGUCAGCGUCAAGGGGGCUCUGGAAAGCCAUUUCCUAAAGUGCCCAAAACCAUCUGCCCAGGAGAUCACCUCCCUUGCGGACAGCUUACAGUUAGAGAAAGAGGUGGUCAGGGUCUGGUUUUGUAACAGGAGACAGAAAGAGAAAAGAAUGACCCCCCCGGGAGGAACUAUUCCAGGGCCAGAGGAUGUAUAUGGGGCUAGCAGAGACACACCGCCACAUCAUGGGGUUCAGACUUCUGUACAGUGAACCCCGCCACUAUCCCACUUCCAAAGUGGGAUUGUCCUUUUAUACUCCCAACAAGCACUUGGACUAUCUCACAAGAUAGCAGGUGCAAUGAAGGGGUCUGGCUCUGACCUUUGCAGUGGAGUCCAUGGAGUAGAGUGAGUAUAUCCAACAGUGGUUCCAACCUGUGGUUCAUUCAGCAGGAGUUGAACUACAACUCUCAGCAUCCCCGAGGAGAUAAAAGCUGCCGGAGGAUGUUGGAAGCUGUAUUUCAACCACAGUUGGAGGCAGUCGCAGGCUGGGCAUCUCUGGUUAUACAGCUGAAACACGUGAGCCCCUGAGACUUGCAACAACCCACCCAACUAAGAAUAAUACGGCAAAAAAAAAGAUUAACCCUGGUAAACUGGAGAGGUAGCUUUAUACACUGGAGUGAUUCUCACUAUUGAUUUUGUUUUUAGCUGCUGUGUUUAUUUAAAGUGGAACCUUUUACAAACCCAACUUUGACAGUAUUUAUACAGAAUUUUUUGCACUGCAAGGAAAGUGAAGUUUACAUGAACCCACCCAUGAAGAUUCAUUUGUCCCAAUCGAGAAGAAAAACAAAAAAAAAAGUUUGUUUUGUUCUGUGUCUUUUCUUACUGUUUUAGUUUUUAAUUGACUUGCAAAAUUGACACAGGGAACAAUUUUAGCCAAGCUUUUGGUUAAUGUACAAACUGCUACCGUGCUUUACUUUUCCCUUUGCCUCUUUAUCUUUCUUUUCUCCUCUCCAAGGUACUUGUGAAGUUUUGUUAUAAAAUAUGUGUUUUAAACAGACGUGUAAUGCUUAUUUAACUAAAGCUAGACAUGGCAAAGGCUCUGAACGUGAGAUGUCAAUCUGUUAGUUGGACACAUUUAUGGGAAGCUAGUCUCAUUUCCACAGAGUUGCUAAUGGGGCUUAGUUGUUCAUUACUUUAAAUCUGUUGCAGUAAACUUCAUUUUCAGUCAGUGUUAAGGAAGAAACAUGGGAAAGUGAAAUCAGUUUCAGUCCUAAUUACUUUUUUCUCUCCAAUAGGCCUGAGUUAAAGUGUGUAUUUGGAAUCUACAUGAGUAGAUCAAUCUUGUUUUGUCACCCAGUUAAAUAGUCCAUUUCAGGAAAACAAUACUAACCCAGGCUGCAGUGUAUCUGCACAUGUCAGCUCUUAGUUAAAAAAUGAUAAUAAUAUUAAUUACAAUUUUUUUUCCUUUAAUCCUGAACGAGUGUUUAUCACAACCAGACAAAUCCUCAUCCAAGUAAUUCUUUAAAUAAAACAUUUGAGCUCUUAUUCGGUUGGUAUCUUUUCCCUCCUGGUAUUUAACUCUUUCAUUGCAGCAGUGAUUUGUUUAGUGCCAGAUGGGCCUGACAGCGAAAGGGAUUUUUUUUUUUGUUCCACAUUUAUUCCCCCUUCUAAAUUUAUCAGCUGUUGCGAUUAAAAGCCCCUCUUUUAUCCAUUGUGGGAAAGAGUUCAGGAUAAAGAAAACUCUCCCUUUCAAGCCCCCUCUCUCUCCUUCUCUAUUGUCUAUACACUGAAUCCUCUGACAUUAUCUGUAAGGUAAACCCGUUAGUUCCCUGGUAAGAAUGAGGUCUUAAAAAAUGUAGAGUCUGGAUGGCCUUCUUCCCUGCUAAUAAAAUCAAGGGAUUUGCUAAAUACCUCUUUCAGAUUGGGUCACGCAGAACGCAUUUCUUUCAUUUUUCAUUUUUAUUUUUACAUUCUCUUUGUUUUAUUUUAACAGGUAUAUUGGUGCUUCAGAAUUAAUGGUCGUUUUUGAAAAGGUUGUUUAGUUCAGGUUAUCAUUCCUCCUGUGGAUAUUACUCAGGAUAUUUCCCAAGUGGUUCCAAUGAGCAGGGGAACUAGUGAUACACUCAAGCGCACACUCCACUAGCUGGGUAGAUGCACUGCUCACUAUUUAUCAAAGAGAAACGAAAACAUUUAUCACAAUUGCUUUCAAAUGCAGUUUGGUGGUAGAAGUUUUCUGGAAUACAAUAUCUGGUUUAUUUGUGUUUGUUCAGAAGGAAGGUUUAAUACACUGUAAAGUAACAAAUAACAAUGAAAACCCUUCUUGAGCUGCAUGAAAUGCUAUAAAUCGGCAAAAGUAAUCUUUUUAUGGGUGUCCCAACACUAAGCAGACGGUUUUUAAACUACUAUACAACCCUAAAGAAAUGUACAUAUGAUAAAGAUUUGUUUUUCAAAAAUGCUCAAAUAGUUUUAAGUCUCAGUUGUCUAUUUUUCUUAUUUUAAUUUGUAUUUUUAUACAUCCCAGGGAAAGGUUCCUGUUUAAUUGUAUAUUUAUUUCUCUGAAAGCAAAAAUAUUGACCUUUUUUCAGUUUUUUUUUGUAAAUUUGGACGAUAAGGUGAUCUAAAUCUAUAUGAAAUGUAUUUUUUUUUCUUCCCCAAUGAGAUUCUUUACACACUUUGCUUUGGUAUAUUUCGAAUGUGCUCGUGGAGAAAAUAAAUUACAGACAUCCUA